GCCUCCAUUUUGUUCGCGGACGCUGGGGACGGUGGGAGCAGAUCCAUUUCCGGGUUGGUAAAAGGGGCGGCGGCGGGGAAGAGGGCUCGCGGCGGGGCGCACGAGCAGGACCAAAGCAGGACGGAGGUGACGGAGGAUUCGCUCUCGGAGCAGCCCCGGCCAGGUGGGCCAGACGCCGAGGCGGCAGAGCCCGCCGCCGAGGAGUUCACUGUGUAUCGGUGGUUGUCCUGGAGCUCACUCUGUGUCUAGAUCAGGCUGACUUUGAAGUCCCAGGAACGCAGGAGAUCUGCCUCUGCCUGUAGCGUUUGCUGUCAUGCACCUUGCUGUCUGACUUGGCCUCCCGUGUGCUGAGGCUACAGGUGUGCUACUUGCCCAGCCUCUGUGCUUUUUACAGCAGUGAGAAAUGACUAACCUGGAGUAACAGUUCCGGCUGUGGUGUGUGCCUGUAAGCCCAGCACUCAAGAGGCGAAGGUAGGAAGGUAUAUGAAUGACCUAAAGCUGCAAAUAAAGACGGAGAGAGAACGGUGCCAACUGGGAGCAGGGCAAGGAUGCCAAUUCCUCCUCCUCCCCCACCUCCGCCCGGCCCUCCCCCACCUCCCACCUUUAAUCAGGCAAACACAGAACAGCCCAAACUCAGUAGAGAUGAGCAGCGGAAUAGAGGAGCCCUCUUACAAGACAUUUGCAAAGGGACCAAACUGAAGAAGGUGACCAACGUUAAUGAUCGGAGCGCUCCUAUCAUUGAGAAGCCCAAAGGGAGCAGUGGUGGCUACAGCUCUGGAGCUGCUGCUCUGCAGCCCAAGGGAGGUCUCUUUCAAGGAGGAGUGCCGAAGCUCCGACCCGUGGGAGCCAAGGAUGCCUCAGAGACGCCAGCUACUAAGCCAGCCCCGCAAGUCCCCAGUUCUCGAGCUGCUGCACCAAGGCCUCCAGUGUCUGCAGCCAGUGGGCGUCCUCACGAUGAUACCGACAGCAGCCGGGCCUCCCUCCCAGAACUGCCCCGGAUGCAGAGACCCUCCCUACCGGACCUCUCUCGUCCCAAUACCACCAGCGGUACCGGCAUGAAGCACAGCUCCUCUGCUCCUCCCCCACCGCCCCCAGGGCGGCGUGCUGCCAACACGCCCCCCACUCCUCUGCCUCUGCACAGCAGCAAAGCCCAAGCCUACAACAGGGAGAAACCAUUGCCUCCGACACCUGGACAGAGGCUGCACCCCGGUCGAGAAGGACAUCCUGCUCCACCCCCUGUAAAGCCACCUCCUUCCCCUGUGAAUAUCAGAACGGGACCCAGUGGCCAGUCUCUGGCUCCUCCCCCACCGCCUUACCGCCAGCCUCCUGGGGUCCCCAAUGGGCCCUCAAGCCCCACCAAUGAGUCAGCCCCUGAGCUGCCACAGAGACACAAUUCUUUGCAUAGGAAAACGCCAGGUCCCGUCAGAGGCCUUGCACCUCCCCCACCCACCUCAGCCACCCCCUCCUUGUUGAGUAACAGGCCACCUCCCCCAGCCAGAGACCCUCCUAGUAGGGGAGCAGCUCCUCCACCUCCACCACCCAUGAUCAGAAAUGGUGCCAGGGAUGCCCCCCCACCCCCGCCACCUUACCGAAUGCAUGGGUCAGAACCACCAAGCAGAGGAAAGCCCCCACCUCCACCCUCAAGGACACCAGCUGGGCCACCCCCUCCCCCACCUCCGCCCCUGAGGAAUGGCCAUAGAGACUCCAUCACCACUGUCCGCUCUUUCUUGGAUGAUUUUGAGUCUAAGUACUCCUUCCAUCCUGUGGAGGACUUCCCUGCUCCAGAAGAGUAUAAGCAUCUUCAAAGAGUAUACCCCAGCAAGACAAACCGAGCUGCGCGUGGAGCCCCACCUCUGCCACCCAUUCUCAGGUGAAGCCUGGCUUGGUCCUGCUCCUCAGGCAAAGGAUGGACCUCCUCUUCUCAGAUGGUCUCCCAACCCCUGAAACCUGCAUGAGAGCUCCUACAGUGUUCCUCCAGUGCAGCCGACCCUCGACUCCGAGCAUCCUCCAGCCCCGCUCCAUCUGUGCGUCUCCUCUCUGGACUUGGCGAUUGGAUUCUUUCUGUUGGUAGCAGGGUCUCAAGCCCUGUGCCCGCCCUCUUCCAGCAAGCCUGCUAGCCAGAAGAGGAGAAAGCCUCCACGUCUCCUGCUUGCUUCCAGGGAAAGGUGCCUUGUUGUGGUGAAGGGACUCACAUGGAUGGGGUGGAAAAUGGACUCCUCUGUCCGCUGUUACUCACCUCGGGCGAAGUGUGGUGUGUGCAUUAUUUUCCAUAGUUUAGGGGUUGGUGUGGCCGGGACUUCUGAGGAAAAGGGUACUUUUCAUGAAGCAGGAAGGGGGUUUGCAGAGAGGUGAUCUGUUUUAAAGGUCAGGUUACAGAAAGGACAAGGACAUGACUCUUCCUCAUUUUAAAGAGUGUUUUAGUUUUGUUCUCAUUCCUCCUCCCCCAUCCCAAGGGAUAAGCUGAACAUUCACCGGGUACUAAUCAGUUGAACUAAACAGUAGAAGAGGAGAAGUAAACUGAGGAUCAUUUCAGAGUGAGGCAGCUCUUCUGCAGCUAAGGGCCAGGGCUGCCCGAGCUCCAGGACCUCCUGCCCCUUCCCCAGUGUGCUAGGUUGAUCCUUUUCCUCAUCCCUGGAGAGAAGAGUCAUUCUUGGUAGAGGGCAUUAUUCAUUCCCAAUUCACAAACCCUAGAAGCUUCUUAAAAGAGAUGAAAAGAGAGGGUUUAGGGCCUUAACCUCAACCUCAGGAUUGCCUCAGUGUUUUCUCAUUAACCGUGAAGUGGUCAACAGCCCUUAGACUCCUUCAGCCCUUGGACAAUGCUCCAGGGAGACUUAGAAGGAAAGAAGGAAGCACUCACUUCACAGGAAGGUCUGGCUCUUCUGGCCAAAGGUCUUGACAGCCUGUUCAUACUGGCUCUCACACCCACCUGACACAGCAGGCUCUUCCUGUUUUCUCUGCCGCCCUUACCUUCCCCAGACGCCCUUACCUUCCCCAGACGCCCUUACCUUCCCCAGAUGGCAGAGGUUAAGGCUGAAGAGUAGAAAAGGACAGGAAAUCUAUGCGAUACUCAGUCUUGUAAACCAAGAAGCACAAAGACUUAGGGAGGUGUGCCACAAUCCAGUCAGUGGGUCUUCCUUGGCAGCCAGCAAUACAUUGUUUCUCGUCUUCCAAGUGAUAGGUGAACAGCACAGGAAAUAGAUGCUCCAGUUGAGGUUGGUUUCUCGGCCGGUGGUUGGCUCUUCUCCAGCAGUGUGGGACACCUGGUUGCCUCCAAGCAGAUAAGCUGGUUCCCUACAGAGUCGUUGCCUUGGGCACAGGCUGCUCAAAUCUUGCAUGACAGUAGGGAGAUAAGGCUGUUCUUUGAAUUGGAUAGGGGAAGCUACCUAAAACCUUCAUCUACACCACGGGGUUAAACUGUGGUAGGGACCAUUCUUCUUUUUUUUUUUUUUCUCCUGAGACAGGGUUUCUGGCUGUCCUGGACUCACUUUGUAGACCAGGCUGCCUUUGCCUCCCUUGUGCUGGGCUGUGCGUCAUGCGCCAGCACACCUGGUUCAUAGGGACCUUUCUAAUCUAGUGGAACAUAGGCUCAGGAUGUGUGCGAAAUACCAGGUAAGACCCACAUCUUCCAUUGCUGGUGACCAGGAACCUAACUUGGCUUAUUUAUUUAUUGGGUGUUACCCUCUGUCAUCUCCUGGACCACUUUGACUCUUGGGACAGCCAUGAUUAGAUCUCACCAGUCAUCUAAUUGUUCACUAUUUAUCAUUCUUCUUCUCAACUAUGUUAGCAGUUACUCCCAGGAGUAUCCCCAGCGUCCUCGAAUUAACAGAGCUAAGAGAAGAGCUGAACUGCAGGCGUUCCAGGGUAGAUGCUGACUAAUUAACUGAACUUUGACUGUGAAGUCUUCCCAUUUGUUUUUGAAAUGGGAGUUGAUGCCUUUUGUACAAUGUUAUCAGAGUGUGUAAAAAUUUCCCCUUACUGAAACAUAGAACAUCAAAAUAUCUAUCUAUAUAUAAAUAAUCUCACAAAUAAAGCCAAACCCCAGCUUUUAGGUGGGGCUGAUAUCUUCCUUGACAUGACCUGCCGUCCUUUAUAUUCCCCAGCCUUAGACUGUGUCAUGUGGGUAUUGAUUAUAUUCUCAUUGUCUUUGCCUGAUGGAACAACAACCAAAAAAAAGGCCUGGAUUUAGAUCUAAGGGAAUGGGUUUGCUCCUCCAUUUGAUGGAGCAUGUUGAUGACACAACACCCGAUUUAAAUGUCUUUGCCUUAUACAUCAUUGGUCCCUCUGUUAAUAACAGAUUUAUUAUCAUGUAUAUUUGCUAUUGAAGAUGGGAAUGUGCUCCUCAAAACUGUUGGUCUAUUUUGUAUGUUGUACAAAGCUUGUAAUAUAGGUUUAAGGUGGGCGGACUGUGAGAGCACUAAAAUUUUUCCCGUUUGAACUGCUCUUACCUCCUCGUGGGAGUGCUGUCUCUCCAGUGGAAGAUUGGGUGGUCUCAUGUCGAGGCUAUUGCCUGCUCCCUUUGAUUCCCUUAUCCCCUCCCAAAUCAUUGCCCAGCUAAGCAACAAGAAGCUUUGUCAACAGUGGGGUUUGUGCUAUUUUUUCCCUAAUGGGAAACACAUAAUCGCUGUUACUGCCCUGCCUGAAGGUGGGCAGUGGCCUCUGGUUUUCAAAUAAGCUAGAUGCCCCUCUUUCCCUUUCUCCAAUGACCAAACCUGGACCAAAGUGCUUUGCUAUUCCAGGUGUGCUUUUCUCCUGGGAAUUGGCUUUUUCGCAGCCUAGGCCAAUUGUGUGUGCAGGGCUACACCAGAUGAUGAACUGGAGGCUGUUGUCAGGAAUUCCUCCCUGCCCCCUUUCCUAGCAAAGGCAAAGAAACCAGUCACUGGCCCUUGCCCUGGGGAUCCCUUCACCCAGUGGCUUCCAGCUUGAAACCUAGAUUUACCUCCAGGGAGAGGUGAGGAGGAAAAAAUAACUGUAAAUAGACCUGCUACAGAGCAACUCAGGGGUGGGGUAUGUUUUAAUUCUCCUGAUCACUUGAAAUAAUCUGUAGGCCAAAUGCUAACGGGAGCGCGGGAGAAAUGUGACUCCAGGGUCCUUGGUUCUGUGAAGUUCUGGGGGUGGGGCGUGGGGCAUCAGAGGCCCUUUGAUAGCACUGUACUGCACUGUCUGUCCUUCUGAAGACCCAACCUACAAUCAUCUGCAAAGCAGAUUCUUCACAUUCCAGGUGUAAUCUUACCCUCCCCAGACUCCUCAGUCCCUAGCUAUGUGGUCAGAGACUGUUAAACCACCCAAACUUACAGAAUGAGGGGGAAGAGAGGAGGCCAUUAAAAUUUUGCCUUCAAGACUCAUUUCUUGAAAACUAAAUGAAAAGGAAAAAAAAAAAAAAAAGGACAAUCACCUUCAAUCACAUGCAAAAAAACAAAAAGAACAGCAAGCAUUUAACUGAAGGAAGGGUUCGGUUCCACUCCACUCCACAGUCAUUGUGCCUUUACUUGUGUUAGCUCUCUGUGCUUCGACCCUCGCCCUCUGCGAAGUAAUUAAAACCUUCCUUGAUAACUGCUGUUUCCUUUCUGCUCCUGUUUCUUACAGCUCGGCGGCUUUCUUCUCUGACUGUCUUACUCCCCUGGUGGCAGAGGGCUUUAGCGCACCCUUUUUUUUUUUUUAUGUCUAACUUUUUUGUUCUUUCUCAGUUUCACAGUCAACACUGAAUAAAAGACCAGCGUAACGUGUGUGCACGUGUGUCCGUCAUCCUGCAUGUGAUCAGUUUCUUUGGAACAAUAACUUCCUGUGUGAUUUAUUUUGGAGUUUUAUUUUACUGUUUUUUUAAUUCUGGUUACAGGGCUGCUCCACAAUAGCGUGGGUCCCUGCACCCCCCACCCCACCCCCGACGUAAGAUGUGUUAGCUGGACUCAGGUUGGAUUUCUUGGUACAUUUCUUUUCUGUGCAGUUGAAUUAAACCUUAAAAGCAAGAAACAAACAAACAAAAAAAGAAAGCGGUGUGUUUUUGUCAUGAGUGACACUGUCUGAAGUGAUGGCAUGGAGAGGAAACCCAUUGUCUCCUCUCCCGGCUAAGUGUGGCAGUUUGAUUGCAGGUUUCCCCACAAAAGGGUGUGUGUGUGUGUGUGUGUGUGUGUGUGUGUGUGUGUGUGUGCAGAAUCUCCUGUGGUUUUCUGAGGGCUUUCUCUGCCUGUAUGUUUUAAAAACCGCCAUUUGGCCCCGUUGGUUUGUAUUUGCUGCCUGCCUCCCGGUCGCCUUGAUCCCAGGGAGCCCUAGAGGUUCCUGUGCUUUGUUCCUUGUGACCCCUCAGAUUCUGUUUACCUGUGGGUGGCUGUGCUUUGAGGCUGAUCCCCCAACAGGACAGUGGAAAAAAGGUGGGGGCAGGGCCCGCGGGGUCUUGUGAAUCCAUUUGUAUGUGUGUGCUGUCUAUUUCUCUUCACUUAUUUGGUUUUUUGUUGCUGUUGGUUGUUUGUUUAUUUGGUUGGGGUUUUUGUUUGUUUGUUUUGUUUGAGACAAGAUUUCCCUGACCCAGAACUCACUCUGUGGACCAGGCGGGCCUUGAACUCAGGGAUGUGCCUGCCUCUGCUUGUGCUGGAAUCAGAGGUGUACAAUAUCACAUCUCCACUGCCUUUUAAGCUGAAAUCGUUGCGGGUUUCCUUGAGCUUUGACUUAGGUGUUAAAUUUUAACUAGGUCUGUUUGUGGUCAGCAGAGAGUUAACAGAGAGUCCACUGAGCUUACCACAGCCAGCAAGGGUGCCGGUUACUUCCCUACUGAUUCAUUCUGGGUGUCUAUAUGGAUUACUCUCACAUGAUUUAGAUUAAAAAAAAAAAAAACCUGUGGGGGGAGGAUUAAUACCACAGUAGCUGAAUUCCUGAUUAUUUGACCCCCUUAUUGUUAUUGAUAUGAUUAAUAAAGUAUUUAUUGAUUUUAUUGUUCCUCCUGA